AUGUCGUCAUCCAACGGAGUCCACGCUCAUCAGAGAAACACACACCGGAACGCGAACGGCCCGACGACGACGUUGAAGAGACGAAUCGACAAUCGCGGUCACGGCGGAGGAGGAGGCAUCGGAGAUUUCAAGGAAGAUCGGAACCGUUACGCGCCGCCUCAGAAACGCGCCAGACCGCAAACGCAGACUCAAUUUCGAUCGGCUAAUCCUGGGAUGAAUCCUCCUCUGUAUCAUCAUCAUGGUAGUAACAACAUGUCUAGGGUUUCAAAUUACGGUGAUUCGAAUCGUUUUAAUUCAAGCAAUAGCUUUCCUUUCGCUUUACGUAAUAAUGAUUCUUCUCAAUUUGGUUACGGAAACCCUAACCCUAACCCCCAAUUGGUUCCGAUUCCUUAUCGUAAGCUUGAUGAUUUCGAUUCGUUACCCGAAUGGAACCCAAACCGGUCGAAUUUUCCAAUUAACUCUCCGAAUUUCGUACCAAACAACUUAACCGGAGUUCGGUUUAACGCUCAAUCAUCUUCUUCUCAAGCACCUCUGUUUACGAAUUUCCCAAAUCCUCAAGCUUCUGUGUUUACGAAUGUUCCAAAUUCGAUGCCUAUGGUCUCAAUUGUGUCGCAAUCGUUGCCUCAAGAACCAAUUUUGAGCAAAGAGUUGGCUGAUUUUCUAAUCCAUCUCAACAACGAGAAGCAACAAAGCGACGAAUCUGCUCCUCUAGGGCUCGAUUUCGGUUCUGUGAAUCUCAACGUGCGUAACGAGUCUGUGAUCAAGUCUCUGUAUUCCGAUUUGCCGAGGCAAUGCACGUCUUGUGGGGUAAGAUUCAAGUGCCAAGAAGAACACAGCAAGCACAUGGACUGGCAUGUGAGGAAGAACAGGAUGGCCAAAACCUCUGCAAAAACAACGAACCAGAAACCGAAGAGAUCGAGGGAAUGGUUUGCGAGCUCGUCUUUAUGGCUCAGUGCGGUUAUCGGAGGGACGGUAGAAGCGGUGAUGGCGGCGAAAGCAUUGUUUGAUGUAAACGGCGAAAAAGAGAAGAAGGAAGAGAAAGAGGAAGAGAGGCGUGUAGUGCCUGCUGAUGAAAACCAGAAGAUGUGUGCUUUGUGUGUAGAGCCGUUUGAAGAGUUCUUUAGCCAUGAAGAAGAUGAGUGGAUGUAUAGAGAUGCGGUUUACUUGAACAUGAACGAAUCUGGUCGUAUAGUUCAUGCUAAGUGUAUGCCCGAACGAAGAAAAGGACCAGCGAAAGAGAAGAAGCCAAUGGUUGUGUCUGGUAUGGUGGUUCCAUCGGUUGCGAGCGCAGUGGUCUGCUGA